CCCAGGGGAGCAAUCAAUAACCUCCCAUCCGACUCACCAUAAAGAUUGAAGCUCGUACCUGGCAGUCCAUGUCGACGGCGAUCACCAAGCGCAAGCGUGCAAGAAAGGCAUGCCUCCCCUGCCACCAGCGCAAGCGGAAAUGCGACGCCGAGUAUCCCUGUAGCACCUGCACCACCUAUGAAUACACCUGCACGUACGCCGACAGCUCGGUGACGAAGAGUCCGCCCGUUGUGAGUCCACCCGUCGUGGCCGGCGCGUCCACGCCCACCACCACCGCCACCACCACGGCCGGCAUCUUCGACGUACAGAAAUGCAGAUACGCCGGGGCAUCGGCAGCCAUGGCAUUCCCGCACAUUCUAGGCAUGGCUUUCGGCUCGGACAGCCCUCCCAAGAUGCACUCGUUUGCCUACAACUUCGGCAUCCGCCCCGAGGAGGCGUCCAACGCCCAUGGCUUGCUGGGCAAGCUCAUCUCAGAGGACGACCUCGGCUUGUUCUCAAGCGUGUACUUCUCCGCAUUAAGCCCCAUCGGCGACCUCAUAGACCCGAGGAUCUACGCCCAGCGAUGUCGCGAUUACUACCAUAGUGCCGGCAGCACCAGCACCGCGGUAGCCUUUGGCGCCGUGGCCGCUGGCGUCGCUGCUCUCGGAUCGUUCCUCUCCCCGAACAGACACCCACGGGAGUCGGACCUGGUGCAAUACGCCAAAGCCAUUCUCGAGGAUCCGGCCUCUAUGCGCACGCUGGGCAUCGACCAUAUCAUCGCGUGGGGCAUGCGCGUAUUCUACCUGCGGGCCACGACCCGCCCCAACAACGCCUGGAUCGCGUCGUGCACCGUCAUGCACCUCUGCGAAGCGGUCGGGCUGCACGAGGAAGACAACAUUCAGAACAUGGCGUCCGUCGCGGGCGCCGCCGCCGUGGGACACGACGCGGACCGGCUGAGACGGAUUUUCUGGAUCGCGUGGGCCGGGCACAACAUGCUGUCCUAUGAGUACGAUCGGUCGUCGGUCCAAUUCGGCGCCGUGACCACCCAGGCAAUCAUCCCCACGCCAGGGUCCGUCGCCGACCAAUUCGUGCAAAUGGCGCAGAUCAUCCCGGCGCCUAACUCGCCCUUCCGGCUCGACUGUCAGCCCCCGACUCUGAGGGAGGAGCUGUUUGAGCGCAUCAAGGCGCUGGACAAGCUCCACUUCACACAUCCGUUCCUGGUAGUAUCCAAGGCGGACGUCGCGUUUUGCUUCUACCGACGCAUUUAUCAGCUCAAGAUGGGCUUCUCGGACGAGAUCAUCCAGCUCGUUAUCGAUAGCGGCAACGCCGCGGUGGAGGCGGCGGAGCAGCUCGCUAGCCAGGGUCUCCUGUUCUGGAACGCCAUCGGCAGCGUCUUCCAGUAUGCGUGUGUCCUGUUGGCCAUGGACACGCCGGCUGCCUCCGUCCACAUCCCGACGGCGUUCAAAGGCUUGGAAAAUCUGGUUCAGGCGGCUGACACCGGGCUGACGCGGAAGGCGUUGUCGAUGGCGCGACAUCUACUCGGUCUUAGUAUGGCUAAGAAGCGGAAGGAGCUUGCCCAGCUGGAAGCUGUCGAGGCGGGCUACCAGGCGCAGCCGGAGUUUGAGACCAACACUGCUGUGCCGGAUUUGGGAUGGGAGGACUGGGACCAGUUUCUCAUUGAACCGUAUCUAUCGAUGCUCGGCCCUGAUAUGUAGUAGCGGUAGGGGGCUCGUCAUUGGGCAUUUCGCGGCGAAUUCGGCAUGCAAGCC